AGUUGUAGGAGGACUAUAAGGCGAACAAACUCAAGUCAUGGUGUGAAUAGAGGCCCCUGGACAACUUCUGAAGAUCUUCAUUUGAAAAAACAAAUACAGCUUCACGAAGAAAGACACUGGAAUUCUAUUUCUGAUAAAGGAGGUUUGAAACGAACAGGAAAGAGUUGCAGGCUCAGGUGGAUGAACUACCUCCGCCCCAGUGUCAAAAGAGGUCAUAUAUCCGUUGAUGAUGAAGAACUCAUUAUCAGACUUCAUAAAUUGUUGGGGAAUAGGUGGUCAUUGAUUGCGGGUAGAAUGUCUAGACGAACAGAUAAUGAGAUCAAGAACUAUUGGAAUACACAUUUGAGCAAGAAAGUCGGCAGAAAAGAUCCCAAAUGCACCAAACAAGGCUAUAAACAUCAUGUUGGUGCAGCUACACAUUUACAGCUCUCGUCUGAUCAAAAUGAACAGGUGUGCAGUGAAGCAGAAAGAUGAAGGACAGUUGUGGAUAAUAUUAUAGCCACAAAUGAAAUCAUCGGUUCAACAGAGUCCGAAGAUUAUUCUGUAUGCAUUGUCAAAGAUCAGAACAGUUUUUCAUAUGAAGAAAUUGAGAGCUUUCUGGUGGAACCAGAUCGGGACAUACAAUGGAAUAUUUCUUCCAACUGGGGAAGUGUGAAUUACGAACAGUUUAAUGGAUAUGAAGAAUCUCUAGUACAAGAUACUUCAAUCCGUAUGGAGCAAAUCACAGAUGUAUCCAAUGAUGCUAACAACAUUUAUCAUGUGGAUUCUCUUCCAAAUUCAUCUUCGUUAUUAUCGGGAUUAAUCUACCCACCUUAUUUUUACUGCUUA